AUGGCUGGUAAGACGUACAAUCAUCGCUACCGCGGCCUCUGGAACGCGCCUCCCCGGUGCCGGUGUAAUGGCUACUGCCCACUUUUCACGUUCGCAGGAGGAGUGGCGUUCAUCACUGUGGGCUCCGUGCUGCUCUGUGUCAUCACACGUAACCCUGUUAACGGCCGCCACAAACUACACACGCCACCCUUGGCUGUCGCGUUCACAUUCGUCGUCUUGGGUACGGUGCUUGUCUUGACGAGCGUCAUUUAUUGCUUGAGAAUUGGCUGGGAAGAAUACAUGCGGAACGAAGACGAGUUGGAGAAGCUUUGUCCAGAUCCCGCUUGUGAAGAGUCCUUUGAUGAGGAACGUCAUCGCAGUUCGCUGCCGCGCAUGAUGUCACAUUCGUCGUGGGUGGAAAAGACCUAUUAUGAUGCCGAGCCCCCAAAUUACACAGAGUGCAAUUCCGACCAAUAUUCUGGACGCCAAAUAAGUCUGUGCCGAAGUAGUGAUUGUAGAAACCGUCCAUAUUUCCCACGUGAAGAUAUCGUUAACAAUUGUUAUGCAGAGGUAGGUCAAAAUAACAGGCCAGAGGGUAACAAUUUCACGUCGUAUGAAAUGAAGGAACAUCUACAGAAUAAUGUGAUAAAUAGCGAGGUCAUUAAGGCAUCAAAUCAAGUUGACCAAAACUCGGGCAAAAGCGUCCACAUUGACAGCUUAAAUGGAGAUCUAACGAAUGAACACCAAACCGGAAAAAAGGAGAGAUCUUUCCAUAUAGCAAAAAAUAUUAAUCUAAAUAACCUCGGUAAUAGAAGUUCCAAUUUCCAAUCGUUCAAGAUUCUGUACAAAAUGCCCAUUGCAUCCGAGUUGAGCAUUAAAUCAACUACUCAAAAAUCUCCAGUCCAUAACAGUGAAAAAAGCAUUGGGGAGUUUAUAACAUUCAGCGAGGAAGAGGAACUCAAAUUCUAUCCAAAUACAUGCCCGCCGAAAGAUGUAAACGGAACAUGCCACGCAGGCAAUGGCUGCUCGAGGGUUUACAGUGAGAAAUAUUGCCAGAGACCGGCAGGAGAAACUUCGCAUCUUCGACCUUACACUGAGUUAACUCAUCCUUUAACACUUGUCAGUUCUAAUCGCUGUACGUGUUCCACCUUUGUAGGCACGAACCUUGCAAAAGGAUUGAGCAGCGCAACGGCUGUCCAGUUAAACAAGCCAGGUUACAAAAGUAUAGCCAGAAAUUGUAGUGGUCCAUCAACACCAAAAAUGCCGAGGAUCUGUACACGGAGUUCGUUUGAACCUUUAAAGACGCUCAACUCCUUCGUUAUCUCCAGCGACAACGAGUGCAGUGUUAUCCUGACUUCUAAUGCUCGAGACAAUCAAAUAUGAGGAUUAAGGGAAAUUAUAUAAACUUAUUGUAUUUAGUGAUUUUCCAUGGAAUGAUUCUGCCAAGUAAGAAUUCUGUAAGACGAUACAGCUUCAAUGACAAUCAAAUUUGUGCUUCCAGACUGUAUUAUUAUGCUCUAUAUCAUCGUCUAAAAAAUUCGUUAGACAUUUCUACGAAAAUUUUUUAAGCGAAUGGAGAGUACAGAAUAUAACAUUGUAAGAGUUUGUUUCUGCACAUUAUGGUUACAAAAUAAUUGACUCUUUCCUAUUAUAUUCUUCGAAUGUAC